AUGCCGCUCUUUAAGCGGCUACCUCGGUGGCCAGAGGCGCACAUGCGUAACAAGCGCAAGCUCCUCGAUCAACUGAACCUCUCCAAGCUGCGCUACUUCAUCCAGAAGGGCCGCCUGGACACGCGCUUUCCCAUCACGCAGCGGCACCUCUUCGAAUCAAGGUGCGUGAACAAGAUCAAAAUGGGCGUCGGUCUCUUCAAUACCAACGACUUUCCAUUCCCGUACAAAAUCGACAUUGAGGUUGCCGGGGCGGAUCAGAGCUCCAUUGAUGCCAUCAAAGCAGUGGGAGGCAGCGUGACGAUCGUCUACAUGGAGCGUGUAGCCCUACGUGCACACAUCAAGCCGUGGAAAUUCGAGGUGCUGCCCAGGACCGCGCGCCCGACCAUGAAAAUGGUGACCUACUUGGAGAAGAUGAAAGCCCGUGGAUGUCAUGUCAGGUACAUCAAGCCCUUGUGGCUCAUUGAGGAGGAGAAGAGGCUUCAGAGCCAACUACGGGAGCUGAAGACUGAGGAUGCGGCAUCAACAGCCAGAAAACUGGUCGAGUCUGGCGAGUACCUGCAGAAGACCACGCUUGGUUGA